AUGCUGCUGCCGGCGUGGGAAAUGCGCCUCUACGGGCUCCUGUCCGUGGGCUCUCACCUGUAUGCCUUCUACGAAGCACACCAAGUGUCUCAAAAGUAUGAAGCUGUGAUGGACAGAAGGUUUGGGCUGGAACCCGGGACUCUCUUUCGAGGCCUCAAAAAGGACCCCAUGGACUUUGAGUGGAGCUACUGGGUUGAAUGGGGAAGGGAACGUAUACUGUGGCUUUUGGCUGGUCACCUGCUGGUAUCACAAGUGUCCAGGCUCUUGGUGGAGAAGUAUAAACCAUGGUGCUUGAUGGUUUAUGGAAUGGCUGCCUGCUGGUUGUUGCUGGGAAUCAAGGGCUUUGCUGUCAUUUUGUUACAUGCAACUAUUUCAUUUGCUGUGGCCCAGUUUCAACUGUCACUCCUGACAUGGUUGUGCUCCCUUAUCCUGCUAUCCACUUUACGCAUACCCGCUGUGGAGGAAGCCAAGAGAAAGUGGUAUGACACUGAAAAUGAGUAUUAUCUGCUGCUCUUCACUGUGUCUGUCCGCUGCCUCUUCUGCACUAGCUUCAGCCUGGAGUACUGCUGGCACGGGCCUGCCCAGAAGUCAUCCCACUCAUUCCUGUGGAUGCUGGCAUAUGUGUUUUAUUAUCCCACAUUCCACAAUGGACCCCUUAUGAAUUUUGAUGAAUUCAGUAAACAGAUGAGGAGACAAGAAGCCUUCAGUUUGAAGACCAAUCUCAGCAUCUUAAUCAUGGGCAUAAUUCGUAUUUUCUUUUGGUGGUGCCUGGCUGAGCUGAUGAUUCACCUCAUGUAUAUCCACGCUCUCUACAGCAGUCCUCCACCUUUGGAAGCUGCAUCAUAUUGGGCUUUGGGUGGACUGGCUUUAGCUCAAGUACUAUUUUUUUAUGUGAAAUAUUUGGUUCUGUAUGGUGUUCCUGCCCUGCUCCUUCAAAUGGAUGGACUCAAACCUCCAGCUCUGCCUUGCUGUGUGAGCCUGAUGCACAGUUUCACAAAAAUGUGGAG